UUGCACACAUCGUGUAUUUGGAACAUUCUUCCCUCCACAGUCAAGGUCAUUCCGAAAGUCAGUGAAGUAGUCAUCAGAUAAUUUUCAAUCCUCAACAAAUCUGUGCACCUCCCAAACGCCAUCAAAGUUUUAAAGCACGUUCGUUGCUACGCUUUCAAGGUUGAUACUGCAAUUAUAUGCUGUCGAAAAGCACUGUCGUUUGUGCCCUAAUUUCUCACGUUCAGCAAAGACCGCCCUUGCUUCAGACUGGUGACGACAAGGACAGCAGCUCCGAAUCCAACAAAUAUAUAAAGGCAACGUCCCAAGUCGAUUUGCUUCUGGGACGAAAUAGUCGAGCAAACGAGUUAAGCCAAUGUUUCCGACAGUCGCUGGCUACGCCAAGACACCAAAGACAAAGCGAAUGGCACUCCCCAGCUCCACCCCGGUAGACGGGAGGACGACGACGGCCCAGGGAAAGUUUCUCCGGGUGCAGCUCUUGUGUCUGGCCCUGAUUGGAGUACAACGGGACGAAACUGUGUCAAGCCGGGCGAUUUUCCACGUCUGCUUUAUCUCGAUGGUGAUCAUGGAUUUGGCGACGAUUCUGUUCGCCCUGGAGCAUGCCAACGACAUUGCGCUCGUGUGUGACUGUUUGGGGCCGACGUUUACCGCCUAUCUGGGCAUCGUCAAGCAGUACUGUCUCAGCGCUCAUCGGGUCGAACUGUGGAAUAUUAUUGAAACGCUGAGACGCCUCAAGGAUUAUGCCCAAGCUGAUGAAAUCGUUUCAAUCGAGCGGAACAAUAAAAUCGAUCGCAUUCUGGCGACAGCUUAUCUGGUGUCGGCGUCUGCAACGGGAUCACUGUUCAUCUUUGCGGCACUGGCCAAAGGAUUUUACAAGUUGAUUUUUCAAAACAGCAUUGAAUGGGGACUGCCACUGUCGCUGAGCUUUCCUUUCAACACCAGCCAACCGAUUAUUUUUGCAUUGUUCUUCAUCUGGUCCAGUGCCGCCAUCUAUAUAGUCGUGUUUUGCUCUGUGUCCAGUGAUGCCAGUUUCGGUGGAUUGGCUUCCAAUGUGGUCGUCCAUUUCAAGUUGUUGCAGAAGCGCUUGCAGGAUACAACUUUCACUGACAAUGACGAAAAUCUGAAAUACUUAAUUGAAUAUCACUCUUUGUUAUUGGACUUAUCACAAAAACUCAUGUCAUCAUUCCGAGUUAUCAUUAUAAAUAAUUUAUUAGUCGCUUCGGUGUUGCUGUGCGUUCUAGGAUUCCAGCUGGUAAUGUUCCUGGGAUCGACUCUGAUGCUAAUUUAUUUUAUGUACGUCACGGCUAUCGUUAUUCAAAUCACAUUUUUCGCAUAUUACGGAUCGCUGUUAUCGCAUGAGAGUGAAGCGGUUGGCAAUGCGAUAUACUGCAGCAAUUGGUACGAGGCAACACCUAAAACCAGACGCAUUUUGUUACAGUGCUUAAUGCGGGCUCAAGUUCCGGUCAAUACCAAGGCGGGCUUCAUGGUCGCUUCGCUACCAACAUUGAGAGCUAUUCUCAAUUCUGCUGGCUCAUACGUCGCUUUGCUGUUGUCAUUUACUGAUUAAUAUCUGACUAAGAGACAUGGAAUAUGGACCCAUAACUCUGGGUUGUUAGCAGCAGUCGGUAGACCACAUCUACAAAACUUCAACAUAUUGUGCUGAUUGAAACAAUGGAUGAUUUCAUGCAAUAUACAAUUCCACAAAAUGAAAACAGCAGCGUUUACGUACGUUUCAAUCCAUUUCGCGGAAGGGUUCUCGCGUACGCGAUAACUGUAAAGAACUACUUUUAAUCAAUUGCUCUACGAUUCGUUUGUGAAUCAUUAUAACGUUGCUCCCGGUUAAACAUAUGCCACGCCGCCAGCCAACCAACAGUCAUCAACUCAGCGAGGAUGCUGAUGGUGUGUUGUCCUGUUCAGCAGCGGUAGGACUCUUUUUAUACUCACAUAUGUGUUUUAAGGCAGCAGUGCCACCACCAUGCACCGUUUACCCAUUAUAGUACGCGUUUAACUCACUCUUGCGGUUUCGGAGCGUCAGUGAGUGUGUCAGAGAGUGCUGCGGUGCACAGUUGUAGUGCAGCAGUUUCACGUACAGAGUCGGUAGGUACGGCUUCAACCGACCGCCAACCAACAACCAGAGCCUAAAGUCGUUAUGCACAAUUAUGCAUGCACGGUUGAACAUGGUAAUGCCCUCCUGGAAUUUCUGAACACACACGGAAAGAGUCGACUGCGGUGAUAUGUGGACGCAGGGGUUUGCCAAGAGAAGACUGCUACUCGUCGUACAAAACCACAACACACAUAUGAUCGUUGUGGGGUUGCGGAUGCCAGUAGUUAGCAUGGAGGCACAUUGCACCAGCGAGACCGGAAGUCGUAAUACGAAACCAUUAUCCAUUAUGAGAAGGUGACAAACUGAGAGGAUUGUUAUGGGCCGUUUAGUAAUGUGCGACUCUAAUUACUUAGAAUAAUAAGUAUGUUUUUCAGCUCAGUUCCUGAAUAGCAGUGUUUUAUACUAGAAUGGUUCAACACAUGGUCUAAGUAUCAGAUCUGUAAUAGAAGAAUGCAUGAAAGUGAAUUUAAAUUUUAUAAAAUAAGAACUUCAAAGAAUGUACUGAUUUGCCUGAUUCGCAUCUCGACAACAUAUCAUUUACAAUCAUACAACUCGGUUUGUGCUAUUGGUCAACAGGUUAUGUGCUUGAAAGAAGCAUUUCAAGCAUUGUCGGCUUGUAAAUCUUUGUUUGUACCACACAAAACUUGUGAACAUGCAACACACUUCAGCUUUUGUCAUGUUGGGUAGUUGUGUCACCAUAUAGAUUUUUUGAGAUUUUGCGUAUUUUUGUGUUCAACUCAUUUCAGAGAACACUUUUCAAAGUUCGUAUAAGCUGCAUGCGAGAUUUUGACAUACAACACAUCCUCGAGCAUAAAUUAUUCGAUGUGACUUAAUUAGGUGCGCUUGCUCAACAUGACGUCGACACAAACAAAUCAUUCAAUAAAACAUGUCCUCGCAAAUUGAUCACUUUAGUGUUAAUCACCGAUACGUGUGUGGGGGCAGCCAGCAGCACACAGAGUGCUUGUCGUAUCUCAUUUUCCUGGAUUAAAUCAUUAGCACGUCCUGCACUACUGUUGGCUGCCGUUUGCCGCCGCCGACGACGACUUGGUUCUCCGUCCAUUUGUGUGAAAUCCGGCUCGGACGACAGAAAGAAAGCGACAUAAAUAGUUGGCUGCUGGCUGCUGGCGAUUGUCGGUCCCAUGGGAUGGGAACGAUUUGGGCAGGUGGCCGUCUGUCACACAGUAUCAGGUGGAUCUGUCGCCAAGGAAAGCUAUCGUCUGUUGGUGUUCUCAGUUUUAUGCCCUUGUUUGUUUCCCAAUUGAACGUUUUUGUGGAAAGCCGUUGAAACCAAGAGAUAUUUGUGGAAGGAUGAACGUGUGAACAAUGGAAAUGUUUUUUUCUUUUAGGCUUCCGAGUGACGAAAAUAAAAUUAAUAUCGUAUGAAUUAAAAAACUCAAGAGUAAAACAAAGCAAUGAAAUAUCUGGUGUACCGGAUUUUGUAGGGAAGUUGCGGGGUAAAGUUCAUCCAGUUGAUCACUAUGAGGUCCACGUGCUUUAAAUACUGAGGGUUCUACAAUUUGUUUCAAUGGAUCACUAAAAUUACUAAAACGGCCGCUCUGGAAUGAACAGAUAGCGCCACCGUAGCCUAAUGUGUUUGACAUAACUCCACUGCUGCUGUCACAAAUGCUAAUGGCGCAUUCGUUUACAUUCGGCGAACGCUAGAAAAGUUUGCUUCAUUGAUCCAUGGAACUAUCUUAGGCGUAAAUCAGUUUUGUGAUUAUUCUUGAAGUAUGGCCAAUGAUGUCAAAUUUAGUAAAACAACAGAUAAAAAAUAAUGAGAUAUACACGUCAUGUAAACUUCAUUUUAGUCAUGUAAAAUUGGUAGGCAGAUUCAAUUUUGUUAUGAGUAAAAACUGAAAUUAGCAUAUCGUAUUUGUUUAAAAAGUCCAUAUUUCUUUUGUAAAAAUCAAACGAUUCUAACAGAAAUUGCCUAUCUUUCGGCGAUUUAAAUAAAUACAGGUUCCUGUGCUCCUGCUGGCUCCUUCCGUAACCUAACGUCUGCGGCAGCCCCCUGGCCCUCGCACUGCUGCCGUGACGAGCUCCCACUUCGGUGACCUUGUCUACGUUUUUCACCUUCAAAAUCACCUCUUGUGUGAGAGCCGUCACCUCUACCCCUUCGCCAAGGACCUCUUCCGCUAAACUUUUGCAGGCGGCGCCCAUGCACUCCUUAUCGCGCUCCAGCUCCAGGAUCAUCUCGACCGUACGAGUACGUCUAAUAUUGCGCACUUAGGCUCCCAGUUCCUCGAGAUUAGUGUUGCUUCGCUUCGCCUUCAAGACGUCCGAGUACUUCGACUGUCUGCUCUUGAAGAUGAGCGCGUCGCCUUUCUCGCUCUUGGCACCUACUCUUAGCUUCUUCUACCUGCAGCUUAGUCUUCUUCUUCCGCCCGACGUUCGUCCAAGGGGAGUCCUCCCCUUGGUUCGCCCUACUCUGUGGUUGCUGAGGGCCUGCCAUUGCAAUGGUCGCAACCCC